GUGUCUUUUGACACCCUCGACACCAAGUUCGACAUGAUUCUAGGCAUGUCUUGGUUGCGUAGCGCCGAUCAUCCGGUAAACUUCCAUGACCGAACCGUUCACAUCCGUGAUCGGAACGGAGUGUUAGUCCCAUGUACGGUCGCGACCCCUCACACUUCGAUUGCUUGUCACGUGGUUUCCGUUGCGAAGAUUCGCGACGCCAUUGCUCCGAAUGACGUCGAGGAGAUGGGCCUUGUAUUCUUGCAUGCUCUCCCCUCGCCGGACGGACCAGCCGCGUCACCGCCGGACCCACGCAUUUCUCACCUCUUGGAUGAGUAUAGAGACGUCUUCGAGGCUCCCACCGGAACGGUUCCGGAUCGGCCCAUACGUCACGGAAUCACUCUCGAGGCUGGCGCCGUCCCUCCGCGUGGAUGUAUCUACCGCAUGAGCGCAGAGGAACUCGAGGUGCUUCGCGCACAACUCGAUGAUCUUCUCAACAAGGGUUGGAUUCGCCCCAGUUGCUCACCAUACGGUGCACCUAUUCUCUUCGUCCGGAAGAAGAACAAAGAUCUACGGUUAUGCAUCGACUAUCGGAAACUUAACGAACAAACCGUAAAGAACGCCGGCCCUCUCCCUCGGAUUGAUGAUCUCCUUGAGCGGUUGGGCGGUGCGACGUACUUCUCGAAGUUGGAUUUGAAGUCAGGUUACCACCAGAUUGAAAUCCAGCCUCAAGACCGGUACAAGACCGCGUUCAAGACGCGGUACAGGCAUUUUGAGUGGGUCGUCAUGCCAUUUGGACUCACCAAUGCCCCCGCAACGUUUCAAGCAGCAAUGACGACUGAGUUUCGCGACUUGCUCGAUCGCAGCGUCCUCAUCUACCUUGAUGAUAUCUUGGUUUAUAGUAGGACGUUGGACGAGCACAUCGUACACCUUCGCRUUGUUUUGAAUCGUUUGCGACUAGCCAAGUACAAAGCGAAUCUCGACAAGUGCGAAUUCGCCAAGCAAGAGCUUGAGUACUUAGGCCAUUUUGUCACACCGAAAGGCGUUCGUCCCUUAGCGGACAAGAUCCAAGCCAUCGUGGAUUGGCCGGAACCCCGUUGCACGACGGAUGUACGCUUUUUCAUGGGUUUGGCUGGAUAUUAUCAGCGAUUCGUCGAAUCAUACUCGAAAGUGGCCGCUCCUUUGUCGAGACUUCAGUCCCCGAAGGUGCCCUUCGAGUUCGACGAUGCAGCCCGUGGCGCGUUCACUACGUUGAAGGCAGCGAUGCAAGCCGCACCUGCCCUCCGUAUAUACGACCCCACCCUACCCACCCAAGUGACUACGGACGCUUCGGGAUACUGUAUUGGUGCGGUGUUGGAACAGUGUCACGAGGACGGUUGGCAUCCGGUUGAGUAUUUCUCCCAAAAGGUGCCUCUCGUCAACACUUCGGCGACGCUAGGAAGAAAGAGCUACUUGCGUUCGUCACCGUUCUCAAACGCGCCUGAGCUCGCACGACUCUUGCACACCGGUUGGAUUACCAACCAAGGUGUUCCGAAAGACAUAGUGAGCGACCGAGAUACUCGUUUCAUGUCAGCCUUUUGGACUUCCCUCAUGGCUGAGUCCGGUACGACAAUGAAACCGAGCUCGUCUCGGCACCCGCAAACGGAUGGUCAGACGGAACGAGCGCACCAGACCGCUCAGAUGAUUUUGCGUACGCUCAUCCGCCCCGACCAGAAAGAUUGGGUUGACCGGCUUCCCGACAUCGAGUUCGCCUAUAACACUUCGGUGCACCCGGCGAUCUGCGUCACACCAUUCGAGUUACAUCAUGGUGGAGAGAAAGCACGGAUCUUCGCUGAUCUCCUUUUGCCACAGGCUGCCGACAUAGACGUCCCUUGCUCUCCCGCUUCCAUGCGGAAGUACCGGGACUUGCUGAUCAAAGCCCGCGCAAUUAUGCAAAAGGCUCAGAUCCGCAUGCAGCAGCAAGCUAACCGACGUCGACUUCCAUGUCCUUUCCGCGAGGGAGACCUUGUUUGGGUCCUCUCCGAGGAAUUUGCGCUCGAGCAGGACGUUUCGCGCAAACUCCUUCCGAAAUGGUUCGGACCAUGGGAAGUCACUUCUGCCGUUGGAGACGAUCCCGCAGGUCCUUCCUUCGUGAUCAACAUUCCACCGCACCUGACAGUGCAUCUGGUCUUCCACGCAUCGAGGCUGGCCAUCUACACGCCACCUUCAAAUGACGAGUUUCCCGGACGUCGAUCACAGGAUCCGCCUUCUAUGGACGGACAUCAGGAAGUGGACCGAGUCCUCGCGCACCGCAAGUAUGGCAACAAGCCAAGGCAGUACAAAGUCACAUUCAAGCUAUGUGCGCCUGAUGACACUCAGUGGAUCUCCAGUACAAAUUUGCAGACUUUUGCACCCCUCAUCUUCGCCGACUAUGAGAAGCGACGCCUUGCUAAGGACGCAGCUCGUCCCGCCCGACCCACCCCGGUAUCGGACAGACAACUUCGCCCUCGCAGGACACCGGGGCACUGCCACGGCGCAGUGCAAGGAUCGCAGUUCGUGCCCGCCUGCGGUACCUCCAGGACCAAGAGAUUCAGCAGACGGACGACUCCAGCGGCAUCAAGUACGGCAUUGACAGUACAAGACACCACCGGAGAUCUUCCCGCAUGCGCGGUCCGAGAGGCCAGCGAGCCUUUGGCUGACUAUCGUGGGCGGCUACAGGCAUUUACAGACGCCGUAGCCGCCGCCGAGGCUCAGCAAGCUGCGGCAGAGGCAGAACGUCAGCGGCUGGCCAAUGAGGCGGCAGCCGAAGCUCAGCGGACAGCUGAGACUAACGAAGCGGCACGAAAUAGACGGAAUGCCGCCAGCACGGAGUCCCUGAUUGCUAGUGAGCAUCAGUGGACAACGGUACUCCAAGGCAUGAUCUUUGUGCCUACGGAAACGCAGGCGGAGCCGACACAGGCGGAGGCAGAGAGAAGUAACCUGGCUACCGUGAUGUUGAACGUAAUGAGGGGAGUAAUGUGGAACAACAAACUACUGCAGGCACACCUGCACGCGGAACGACAACAAAAACAGCAGUACCAGCAAGACCUGGCCGCUGUAACGGCCGGCGUCCGCGACGCAGCAAUGCAGCAGCAGCAACAGCAACAGCUGAUGAACUCUACCAUCGCACGCAUCAACGGCAUUGAGGCCAAGGCCUCAGCAGCGCCAGGCUGCACUACGGACACGACGAAGCAAAUCAACGAACGCAUCGAUCACGUCGUCACCAUCAUCGGCGACAUAGGUGUUUUCAACGGACCAAACACGAUCAGCAGCACGGUGGCCGCCAUGAAGACGGACAUCACCAAGCUACAGACGAGACCGGACGCCGCUACAAAGAUGUUCAAGAUGCCGCACUUCGACAUCUGCAAGUUCGACGACUACAACAAGUCGGACGCUUUGACAUGGUGGCAACGUUUCCUCACGGAAGCGUCAUGCCGCACUGUCCCGGCGAACGACAUGUUGAAGGCACUCUAUUUGCAACUGAUUGGAGGAGCGCAGGCAUGGAUGAACCACCUGGCGGCCAACCACAAGUGCACCAUCGCCGAACUCCACACGCACAUYACGUGGAAGGAGUUCGAGCAGCUAUGGUUCACCCGGUUCAUGGUCCGCAACGUCGUGAAGGCAUCCAUGAAUGAGGUGUACACAUGCUCUCAGGGGAACAUGCCAACUCGAGACUGGACAACUAAGUGGCAAAAGAUAGUGACCACUCCAGGCUUCGACUUGACGUUUCCAAAUCAACGAUCCGAGUUCUUCUCGCGAUCAUGCGCGGGAUUGCGGUCGGCACUCGGUAAUGAGUACGACUAUACCACAUUCCAGGCCAUUCUGGAUCGAGCGAACUCGGUCAUCCAAACGGACGACAAGGCCGCUAACGAGAGACAAUCCCAGCCGCAUUAUCAUCUGUUCAUACUUGACAGCAAAGUCUAUGCUGCCAGGUGCUGCAGUGGGUUGUCUUUCUGGUAGCAGAAAGUCUAGUGCAGUUCAGGGCUUCCAACCUAGAUGUAACUAGUUGGGAGUCAUACCGGUAGUACUAUGUACAACAUUGUUGUACAAGCUGGCGACGAGAGGUAACUUCUCGUCCCAGUCAUCCUGGCUUGGCUUAAUAUAAUGCCGAAGCAGGUGCUGUACUACCCGGUUCAUCUGUUCUGCUUGGCCAUUUGACUCAAGGUGGUUCCCUGAGGUUAUUUGGAGUUUGGUGCCCAUCUGUUCAGCAGUAGACUGCCACAGUUCACUAGUGAAUCUCACAUCCCUAUCACUAACAAUAGAUGUAGGCAAACCAAAAUCACGUACCCAAUUAUCCAUAAACAGUAUGAUGACGUGGUCGGUUUUAGCUGUUUCUGGCAUAGCGAUUAGUCUUGCAUACUUAGUAAAGCGGUCCACUAUUA